CGAUCACAUCUGGCACCCCGAGAGGGAAAUUUUUUAUCGUGCAGCAGAAAAAACACCGUCCGAAAAAUGGACGGAGCUGCGUAGUUGGUGAAAAAAUAGCAAUUUUGUGUUGUGUAGCGGUGCCAAAGCAUGUGGAAUUAUGUCUCAAGGCGGAUAAAGGACACCUUGGAGAAGACGGCCAACAUCCUCGAUGUUGGCCGUGCACAUUUCAACCAAUUUGAGUGUCCUCUGAGCGCCCGGAGGAAGGCUGUGGUGAAGUUCCGGAAGAACAAGUGCUUCCUGGUGCCCAGCCGCAAGUCUGCCUCCGUCGGCGGUGACUUCAGGGACUCACAGUCCGGCCAGGAUGAGUACAAGGAGAAGAUAAACCACGAUAAUCUCAAUCAAUCGUGGAUUGGGGCGAUAACUUGGAGCAGUGCCAUCAUCUGCGGAUGGUACACCAGCCAGCUGCUCUGCCUGCGUCGUCGCCACUUGGCCUGGGAGCGGAAGAAUGGCUUCCAUCCGGCAAUCCAUGCGCUCAUCCCGCAUCGGAGUCUGCACACGAGUUCCUUCUCCAGAGUGGUCUUCGCCGCUCCUCCCGUGGAAAUGGGAUCCGGGAAGGUGACCAACUUCCCACUGGAUCCCACCGCCUUCAUCUAUAACGUGACCAACGAUGCGGCACGAGAGGAGCCCAAAAAUUCCACUGAGAAAAUGACCAUCAGGGAUGCCGCACAAAACCUGAAGAGCCUCAUUGGUGACACACACUUCCACUUCGCCGUGCAGAGUGUCAAAGAGAGCAACUUCGAGGAGGCUGUCUUUCACUUCCGCCUCGCCACAGUGCAUCGCCACCCUUCGGCAACCUUCAACUUGGGCUUGUGCUACGAGCGCGGCCUGGGCGUGAAGAAGGACCUGCGACAAGCGAUGGAGUGCUACCAGAUGGCCACAGAGUUGGGCCACGCCAAGGCGAUGUACAACUUGGGGGUGUUUUACGUUCACGGACUCGGCGGACUGAAGCGCAGUCGUCGCGUGGCGCGUCAGCUCUUCGAGACGGCGGCUCAGCUGGGCCAGCCGGAUGCUCAGGCGGCACUGAAGAUGCGCGAGAAGCUGCCCAAGACUUCACAGACAGGCUUCUAUCCCUUAGGCACGAACUGGCGACCCAUUGAGGCGACGUAGUGAUGCCAGUGAUACAGGAUUUAUUUGAGAGAGAAGAAUAACACAGGUGUUGAGUGGGAA